AUGGCAGACGACUCUCUUCUUCAGCGACAAGAAGAGGAAUGGCAAGUUUUGCAAGCGGUUUACAUGGACGAUGUUGUCGAUCUUAGAAAGAAGGUCGCAUGGAAGGUUGAGAGACCUCUGCAUAUAUGUUUGGUGUUGAAACAGCAGCAGUCAGAAAGUGUAGCUGGGACGACUGACAGUGAUAGUAUGAUCCAUAUGGUUAUAAAAUGUCCAAAUAAAUAUCCUGAUUUAGUACCAGAAAUAAGUCUAGAAAAUGCCAAAGGACUGUCUAAUGAACAAAUUGCUGUGUUGAAUACAGAACUUAUAGAACGAGCCAAAUCAAUGGUUGGAGAGGUUAUGGUUCUAGAACUAGCUCAACAUGUACAGACAUUUCUUCGUGAUAACUACAAAGGUCCACAGAAAUCUUUUUAUGAAGAAAUGUUGAGUAACCAAUUAAAACAACAAGAAAAACAAAAACUAGAACAACAGAAAAGACUUGAUUUCCUGAAAAGAAAAGAAGAAAAAGAGAGACAGCUUCUAGAGGAUGAAAUUCAGAAGAGACAACAUGCUCUGAAAGAAGAAACAAAGAAAAUAAAGGAGACCAAACAGAUAUCUGAUGAGAAACCAACAGAACAAGAGAAAGCUGUACCAGCUACCCCUAUUACAGAAGUACCAACAUGUUCUCCAAUUGGUACCCCAAGUACUCCUAGAAGACCAAGAAUGUCUCAUUCACCCUCCCUCUUAAUUGUUCUGCCAAGUAAUGAGAAUAAAUAUAACCAGGAUAAAAGAAGAAGGAGGACCAGUACCCCAUUAAGAGAUAACAAUGAUUCUGAUCACCAAUGUAAAGACCAUACUGGAGGGAUAGUGGUUAUAGCCUUCAAUACUAAAUCAGAAAGAACAAUACAUAGAGGCACAUGUUUAGGUCAUAGUGUCCAUGGUAGUACAGUGUAUGCUGGGAUAGAUACAGCAAGUGGAGAAUUAGUAGCUAUAUCAGAAUGGGUUUUAAAAUGGCGCCAUAUAAAACAGAAGAGAACCCAAAGAGUUGAUUAUGAAGAUAAGGAGGGCGCUACUUACUUAAAACAGAUAACAAGCAUUGAACAAGAAAUACACAGCUUGAUUCGAUUACGACAUAAAAAUCUAAUUCACUACUUAGCUAUAAAAUAUUUACAGGAAGCUGGGAAAUGUACAGUUUAUAUUUUAAUGGAUUACUCUGGAGGUGCGAGUCUCAACAUACAUAUAACAGAAUCACGUCCAUUGUCAGUAGAUAUCAUCAAGGCUUACACAGAAGAGAUUUUGUAUGGAUUAGAAUAUUUACACAAAAAAGAUGUGGUACAUAAAUAUCUAAGGGUAGGUAACUGAUGUUUUUCAAAUUCUAUUUAAUGUGCUUUUUCAAUUAAAUAUGAUUAAUGGGGGGAUGGGGGUUAAUUAUUGUCUAUUUGACAGCAAUCUAACAGCACAACAGACAACAAAAGCAAUAUCUUUAUGUUUGACAAGUGAUAUUUAGGAACGCAAUGUGGAAAAAAGUUGCAAAACUUGUUUCCCAAUCCACUAUAAAUAAAUACCAAUUAGUUUUUAUCUGGAUCAAUAAAUGGUUAAAUCAUAUCGAGACAAAACAUACAUUAUAGAUCAUUUCAGAGGCAAUACCAAAUAGAUUAAUGCUGUAUGUAUAGCAAACAAUGCUUGCUAAUCCUAAAAAAAAAAGUUAGAUCACAAAAAUACUGAACUCUGAGGAAAAUUCAAUAGGAAAUUCCCUAA